AUGGGUAAUAUGGGAUCUAAAAGAAAAAGAGAAAGCCUUCAAGGUAAGCCCAAGUCAAAGAAACAGCGUAGUAAGACUUUGAAGACUUCAAAGUCUCCCACGUCUUUAACUGCGACGAAUAAAUACGCAGCAUUAUCUUCGCAUGAAGACGACUCAGACUCUGGUUUAUUAUUUGACUUUGAACAAAAAAGAGAGCCUGACUUGGUAUUACUUGAUAAAGAUGACGAUGAUACUGAUGAUAAGAAUACUAAUAAAGAUAUAAGCGAUCGUGAUGAACUUAAAGAUGACGAUGAUGUUGUGAUUGAAUCAGAUGACUCCGAUGAUUAUAGUAAAGAAGGAGUCACUGAAAAAGUGAGUGAUGAUCAAGAGGGUCCAAAGCCCAAGAAGCGAAAAUUUGAAGCAAACGAAUUAGCGAGGAACCUGGAUUUUAUUGAGUUAGGCUUUAGUUCUUCGGAAGAAGACGUAGACAAUUAUGAAGAAUAUUCUGAUGAUGGAAGGAUAAGCAACGAUGGCUUAGGAAGUACCGAAGUACAAUCUUCCAGAUCUUCUUUUCCUUGGAUUCAAGAUCAUGAUCAUUCAAAACAGAAAGAAAUAGCUGAUUGGCUAACCCUAGAGAUGAACGAUUUUGUGAACUACAUAUCUCCCUCAAAAGACGAGAUAAUGGCGAGGAAUAAGGUAAUAAAUCUGCUCAAGAAACAGAUAAGCUCCUUUUGGGAAAAUACAGAAACGCAUGUUUUUGGCUCUAGUGCUACAGACUUAUAUUUACCGGGGUCAGAUAUAGAUAUGGUGGUUAUAUCAUCUACCGGUGAUUUUGAACAGAGAUCACGUCUUUAUCAGCUAUCGUCCUACUUAAGAAAUAAAAAGUUGGCCAAAAAUAUAGAGGUGAUUGCAAAGGCUAAGGUUCCCAUUAUUAAAUUUGUCGAUCCUUCUACAGGCAUUCAUAUCGAUAUCUCUUUCGAAAGAUCGAACGGUAUUGACGCUGCGAAGAAAAUAAGGAAAUGGCUUGCUUCUACUCCUGGAUUACGAGAAUUAGUGCUUACUGUUAAGCAGUUUCUAAGGUCAAGAAAACUUAAUAAUGUUCACGUUGGAGGUUUGGGUGGAUAUUCUACAAUCAUAUUAUGUUAUCAUUUUUUAAAGAUGCACCCAAGACUAGCGACAAAUAAUAUUUCCAUAUCUGAUAACUUGGGAACGUUAUUAAUUGAGUUCUUUGAGUUAUACGGUCGCAACUUUUCUUAUGACAACUUGAUAAUUGCAAUAGAUAGUACAACAGAUCUACCCAAAUAUUUAUUAAAAAAAGACUAUCCCAAACUAAAUACUUCAAAGAAUCCGUUUACCAUAAUCAUACAGGAUCCUUCGGACCAAGCUAACAAUAUAAGUCGAUCAUCCUACAAUUUGAGAGAUAUUAAAAAAGCAUUUGGGGGUGCGUAUCAGAUGCUUAUAGACAAAUGCUAUCAAUUGAAUGCCGCUUCUUACAAAGACAGAUUAGGACAACUGAUAUUAGGUGAUAUAAUUAAAUAUAGAGGCAAAGAACGAGAUUUCAAUGACGACAGAGAUAAAGUCGCUAAUGAUGCCUUGAUAAACCAUGAAAUAAAAGAGCUGCUAGUAAAGCAGGCCAAAAGCGAUGAGCUCUAUUUUUCAGACGUAUCAGUUGCAACUGAUGAUGAUACCACGUUUGCUGAAAAAAGCAAUUCUAAUGAAAAAAAAGUCGCUGACUAUUUGAGUCUUGAAAAUUUGGAAUCCGAGUCUGAAUCAAAUGAUAGUAAUGAUGUUGAUCCAAAAAAUGAGGAGGAAUUUGAGUCAAAAAAGAAGUCUUCUGUUGAUAAGGACGUCAAAAGAAAUUAUUGGCACCAAAAGGGGAUUGAGAUUUAG